AUGCUUCCGGUCGAGGAAUACAUCGAUCCUGCUGUCCCAUUUGAGCGGCAGGUGGGUGUUCUGCGGCGAAGCGAAGAAACGUCAACCACUAUAGGGCCCACGUCAGCUAGCUCGUCUACUUCUUCCACUUCAUUAGAGGAAAUUGUGACUGCGACUCGACCAUCUGAAGACUUUGGUAAUAUUGGAACAGUUACUCUCACGUUAAGCUCAACAGUCCCGCCGGGCGCACCAUCUCCCGCAGAUUAUGGGAAUGUUGACAAAAGCAUCACGUUCACAGAACCCGCGUUCACUGCAGCGCCUGACGAUCACGGCAAUGUUAGGACCGUCGUCAUCACAGAGUCUAAUACCACACCCCAAACCCCGACAUAUGUGCCAGCUGCUGUUUCGACUUUGACUAACUCCCUUGGCGUUGCGACUCAGAUAUCAACGAGCAUACCGUCUGCAAUUUCAAUACCUAUGACUACAAUCCUGACCAACUCCUUAGGUCAACCAACAGUCACAGCUGUUACCAGCGUCCUUGUAACACCUAUCUUCUCCACAUUGACGGAUGCUGACGGCGUUACUACCGCCACCAUAACGAGCUAUCCAGUCUUCCCUUCAGACACGGUGCGCACACAAGUUUUUUACAUUAGCUAUGCUGAAUACUUUGUUGGCUUCUUCUUGCCGACGGUGUGCUCCAUCCUUAUCGCCAUCCCGAUUCGCGUCCUCGAUCUCAACGCAAAGCUUUUCCAGCCGUGGCACGAACUCACUCAUGCGCAUGGGGCAACAGGUCGCGAAUCACUAUGUCUCGAGACCAGCGGGUGGCAGUCCGUUGUUACCAGUGUCCGCUCCCUUUUCGGUGGCCAAGCGCUCGUAUUUCUUACCACAAGCUUGGUCAUGUGCUCCUCACUUGUCGUUCCGCUUUCGGCUGAGGCGGUUGCUCUGAAGUUGCGAGGCGAUUGUCGACCAGGCUCCAUGUCUGCCAAAAAUUGCGCUUAUGAGCUAAGUGUUUUUGCACAGCCGGCGAAAGCGACUAUGGGUCUGCUAAGUUUCAUGGCCUUGACUGUCAUCAUGCUCAUCUUCUUCCUCGGUAAGUGGCAAAGUGGAGUGAGCACGAAUCCAUGGAGCAUCUGGGGUAUUGCAGGGUUGAGCCAGAACAAGGACGUGAGAUCGCUGUUCACAUCAGCAUUACCGGAUCGCAUCGAUGUCGGACAUAUACCAGAACGACUUCUGAAAGAUCUGUUCGAUCAGAGAAAGUUUAAGCUCGGAUGGUUCAGGGACGAGAAGUUUGGCUUGCAGUAUGGUAUCAUGUUGCACGAUCAGUAUCCUGCGGGUCAUCCGUUACAUACCCGUAUCCGUGAGAUGCAAGCGGCCGAGAAGCCGAGGAACCACGGCCACGUGAAUACUCGUCAGCAUCAACCUUUCUGGAUGCUAGGAUAUUUCGGCAGAUCACUGUUUCUACUGGUGUUGCUGGGAAUCCUGGCACUGAUCCUGUACUACAACAACACUGGAGGCGAUACUCCGUUUGAAAGGUUCAUGAACAGCGAGUCUUUCGGCGUGAAGUUCCUAUUUACAGCUGUCGGCGUCAUCAUCACUUUCUUUUGGUCUUCCUUCUUUAGUAGUAUCGCGACCAUGUCUCCUUACCACCUCCUCGCUACUCGCCCACAAUUAGCGCGACAUUCAAUCCUCUUAUCGUCGCCAACCAACGCUUUCAGCGGCAUCAUAUCUGGGUUCCGGCGGCGUCAUGCAUUUCUUGCUCUGGUGGGCCUAACAGCGGUGCUCUCUGAAUUCCUCACACUGUUUCUUUCUAACAUACCCUUCCGCGUGACGCAGACCUACCUCGUGGCACGGAUUUGUACCUGGAGUGCGGUAGGAAUUCUGGCCAUUAUGCUUCUAGUGGUGGGUGGAAGCUUCUUCUGCAAAUGGCCGCAUAUGCCUGUAGACCCAAGCACCAUUGCCGGUUCGAUGUACUAUGUGUGUGAUAGUUGGAUGAUGACUUGUCUUGAGAACAUCAGUGCGUCGGAUAAGAAGGAGCGCGACUGGAGGGUCGCUCUGAUGGGAGAGCGUUAUGAGUUUGGGGAAAUAACGGGGCAAAAUGGCACGGUGAGGAUUGGUGUCGAUAAUGUUGCCCCAAGAUGCUAG